CGCAUGCGGAGAGAGCCGGGCCUUGCCUGUCUUCCUCAGAUGUGCUGGCUCCUCGGCUGGAGGGGCGGGUCAAGGAAGCGCGAGAGCGCGCGCGGGGAAAGGAGCUCAUGAACCCGGCCCGGAGGGCGCGAGCGCGCGUGGCCGGAGCAUGAACGGUCGUCGAGUGUGAGGCCUCGGGCCGGGACCCGGUUCCCCUUCUCCGUGGGGAACCGGGGGCAAGCGAUGGUGCUGGGCAGCCGGCGGGAUGGAAGCUACGACGCUGCCGCUGAGACGCGGCUCGUCCGCCGCCUCGGUUCCCGCCUGUUGUCGCUGCUGUUGCUGCUGCUGUUCCCUCCCGCGAGCUCCGAAAGCCAGAAGGGCCCGCUUCAGGCACCCAUUGCAGCCACGGGACCGGGCCUCAGUGUUUAUAUGAGUCAAGAAGAGGUCCUGCGCCUUAUCGGUAUUGAUGCAGAACUUUAUUAUGUGAGGAAUGACCUUAUCAAUCACUUCGCUUUGUCAUUUAAUCUACAAGUACCAGUAGAGACAAAGAGCCUUCAUUUCACUUGGCAUGCGAAGUCUAAGAUUGAAUAUAAACUGGGAUUUCAAGUAGAUAAUCUGUUGGCUAUGGAUAUGCCACAGGUAAAUAUUUCUGAACAAGGAGAAGUUCCUCGAACUUUAUCAGUGUUUCGGAUGGAACUGUCUUGUACUGGCAAGUUAGACUUUGAAGUUACAGUACUAAUGCAACUCAACAUGACAGUUAAUACUUCUAAAAAUAUCACAGUAUUAAAUUUCAAACGGAGGAAAAUGUGUCAUAAAAAACUUGAUUUAGAAGUAAAGCUGCCAAUAUCAGACAAAAAUAACACUAAAGCCAUUUUUGAUCCUGUAAAUGCAGUUCCCACCACUUCUACACGUGUGUUUUAUAUCAGUGUAGGAGUUUGCUGUGCUGUCAUAUUCCUGGUAGCAAUAAUACUAGCUGUUUUACAUCUUCACAGUAUGAAAAGAAUAGAAUUAGAAGACAGCAGCAUUAGUAACAGCAGUAGUUCUCAAGGUUUAUCCCAGCCUUCAACUCAAACAACCCAGUAUCUGAGAGCUGACACACCUAAUAAUGCUACACCAAUUACCAGUUCCUCAGGUUAUCCUACUUUACGGAUAGAGAAGAAUGACCUUAAAAGUGUAACUUUGAUGGAGGCAAAAACUAAAGUGAAGGAUAUAGCAAUUUCCAGAGAAAGGAUAACACUAAAAGAUGUUCUUCAGGAAGGCACAUUUGGUCGAAUUUUCCAUGGUAUUCUAAUAGAAGAGAAAGAUCCCAGUAAAGAAAAACAAGUUUUUGUCAAAACAGUAAAAGAUCAAGCUUCUGAAAUUCAAAUAACAAUGAUGCUGACAGAAAGCAGUAAACUUAGAGGUCUUCAUCACAGAAAUCUACUCCCAAUCACUCAUGUUUGUAUUGAGGAAGGAGAAAAACCAAUGGUGUUGUUGCCUUACAUGAAUUGGGGUAAUCUCAAGCUUUUCUUGCGACAAUGCAAACUUGUAGAAGCUAAUAACCCUCAGGCAAUUUCUCAACAAGACCUUGUACACAUGGCAAUUCAAAUUGCCUGUGGAAUGAGCUAUUUGGCCCGAAGAGAAGUUAUUCACAAAGACUUGGCUGCUAGAAACUGUGUCAUUGAUGAUACACUUCAGGUAAAGAUUACAGAUAAUGCUCUAUCCAGAGACUUAUUUCCAAUGGAUUAUCAUUGCCUUGGAGAUAAUGAAAACAGACCAGUGCGUUGGAUGGCUCUUGAAAGCUUGGUUAACAAUGAAUUUUCUGGUGCUAGUGAUGUGUGGUCUUUUGGGGUGACCUUAUGGGAAUUAAUGACUUUAGGACAAACUCCGUAUGUAGAUAUUGAUCCCUUUGAGAUGGCUGCCUAUCUAAAGGAUGGAUACAGAAUAGCUCAACCAAUCAACUGCCCUGAUGAAUUAUUUGCUGUGAUGGCUUGUUGCUGGGCACUAGAUCCUGAGGAGAGACCUAAAUUCCAGCAGCUGGUGCAGUGUCUUACUGAAUUUCAUGCAGCAUUGGGAGCUUAUGUCUGACAAUCAACACUCAACUUAAAAACAUUGCUGAAUUCACAGAGAAAACAUUGCCAUCUAUUUAUGCAACUGUAAUUUCUAUCUUAAAAUAUCUGGAAGAAAAUUCCAGAUAUUCCAAAUUUUUGUGGAGUCGCGUAAUAUUAACAUCAGGAAGUCAACAUACUACGCAGUAGCUUCAGUAGAGGAUCUUUUUCCAAAAUCAUUGUGCCUUAAAAGAGAUAAUCCAUCCUGAGGAGGAUUUGGGGAUUAUUCAAAAUGACAAUUAUUUGAAAAAUAAAACUCUUCCAAUUUCCAAAAGAAUUCAUGUAAAUGAGUUGAUAAAAAUGUAAGGUUAAUUUUGGCACUGUUAAAGUAGAUGCAAAAUUCAAGGAAAUAACAGAGAAAUGGGAGAUGUCCGUUUAAAAAAACCAAGAUUCAAGGGGCAAAAGUCAACUAUCCCUUUCCUUUUUUCCCCCUUCUUUCCUUAUCCCCAAAAUCUUAUGUGUAUUGCAGCAUCAAAAUAUUUAAAAUUACUUGACUGGUUUGGGUGUUCGGGUUUGUAGUUGGAAUUCUUUGUAUCAAUUGCUUUUAUUUUAAGAUGAUAGCACAGUAUUGUUGAAACCACAAGUGGCCUUUUCUUAUUUUUAAUCCCAUUUUUCAGUAGCAGUUUUUAUCGGGGAAAAUACUUUUAAGGUCAUUGUCCCCCUUUUAAGACAGCAAGAAAUUAUUUAAAGAUUAUGUAUUAUUCACUGAAAGUGUAUGUGGAGAUUCUCAGUCAUCCAGGUCAUGGUUGUCCUAAAGGUGCUUUUUCAAAAGGCAACUGUACUUUGUUUUUCCUUGAAGAUGUUUUGCUUUUCAUUCAAGAACUGAAGAAACAAAACAUCUUCAAGGAAAAACAAAGUGCAGUUGCCUUUUGAAAAAGCACCUUUGGGAGAUUCGUUGAAAGUAAAACUAAGCCUCAUGCUAAGUGGUAAAAAUCUGGUAACAUAUUAUUACAAAUGUUAAAAAUGUUGAAGCUGUCUAUUUAUUAGACGUCUUUCAUCCUGGUUUAUAGAAUGCAAUUUUUCUUGUUAAAAUGGUACUGGUUUGUAUGAGUAGGAUUUUUUAUGACCUGAAAAGGAAUAAAAUAUAUAUAUAUAUUUUAAGGACACAG